CCAUGGGAAUGGUUCACCUGGUAUCCUUACACCAUGGAUGAAGAUAUGUACGCCCGAGUCUCAAUCCGAUGCGUGGGUGGAUAGUGCGUUUUCAAAAAUGUAGAAAGAGUACGCGAGAAGCAUCAGAAGCAUUUAUGGUGGCCGUUGCCGAUGGUGAUGAUAAAGAAGCGUGGUAUGCGAUAGAACGGGUCUGCACUGAGAAUUCAGGAGAAUUGAAUCGAAAAUGAUUGAUCUCGUCAACAAAGUAAAUACAACGAAGAUGAAUGUAUUGCUGUGGAUAGUUUUAAAUGCGUGCGUCACGCAUGCUUUUAAUCUGGAACCACGAAUACCUGUUGUCAAAAGAGGCUUGCAGGGCUCCUAUUUCGGUUACUCCGUAGCCGAACAUGUAGAGAUCGAGAAUAAUCACUCGUUACCCAAAUCGACCAGUUGGAUGCUAGUUGGUGCACCUUUAGAUCAAAAUCGACAGCCAGGUACAAACAGAUCAGGAGCACUUUGGCAAUGUCCAUUGAGUACAUACACAAGGGAUUGUACUCAAGUUAUUACCGAUGGACGACUGAUGGACGAUGGUCUAUUAUACAGACCAUAUGAAUACGAAUCGUACGAUUCAAAUUUAGAAUCGGAUGACUUAGUUCCACCAGGAAACGAUGAAAUUAAGGACAAUCAAUGGUUAGGAGUUACUGUACGUAGUCAAGGAAUAGGAGGGAAAGUUAUGGUAUGCGCGCAUCGCCAUAUUGUUAGAACAGCCGAUUCGCAAUGGGGUCAAGGUCAAUGUUACAUAUUAACGCAAGAUCUAAAAUAUGAUGAUUUGAAAAAACCUUGUUCUGGCAAACCUACCAACAAAGCCCACGAGCAGUUUGGUUAUUGUCAAGCUGGAACUAAUGGUUUAUUAACUGUUGAAGAUCGUGUAGUGAUUGGUACUCCGGGACCACAUACUUGGAGAGGAACUCUUUAUUUAUUUACUAUUUCCGAUGAAUUUUUAACUAGGGACAAUACAGUUUAUAAUGCACCAAUGCAAGACUUUUCGCCUGUAAAUAAAUAUAGCUAUCUCGGAAUGUCCGUAUCCGUUGGAAACUUUUUUGGCAAGGAUUUGGUUUAUGCAGCCGGUGCACCACGUUCUAAUGGUACUGGCCAAGUAGUUUUGUUCACCAGACGUGAUUUCAAACCUGACAUGGACGUUGCCCUUAUUCUAGACGGCGAACAAUUUGCCUCGAGUUAUGGAUACGAAAUCACGUCAGCAGAUGUAAAUGGAGACAAAAUAAGUGAUUUGAUUGUGGCAGCACCAUUCUAUUUCAACAAAGCAGAAGGUGGAGCUGUUUACAUUUAUACAGCACUAGAUACAUGUAGAAUCAAAGAACAGUGUUCGCCAAUCAAGCUUGUUGGUCAUGAGGAAUCAAGAUUUGGAUUUGCACUGACAUCUCUGGGAGAUUUAAACAAGGAUGGGUACGAGGAUAUUGCAAUUGGCGCUCCGUACGAGGGAACAGGAACAGUUUACAUUUAUCUAGGUUCAAAGAAUGGCAUAAUUAAAACACCAUCGCAGAUUAUUCAUGCUGAAGAUAUGCCUAUAUCAUUGAAAACGUUUGGUUAUUCGUUAAGUGGCGGAAUCGACAUGGACAAGAAUGAUUAUACGGAUCUCUUGAUUGGAGCAUACGAGAACGAUGCAGUCGUUCUUCUUCGUUCUAAGAAAAUAAUCGAUAUCUCUACUUAUAUACGUUAUACAAAAAAAGACGGCAUAUAUCAGGAUACAAUAGAACCUAUCGAUCCCAACAGAAUUGGAUGUUUGGCCGAUCCAAACUCAAAUCAUACAUGUUUCGCGUUUGAGGCUUGCUGCAAGACGGAAUCACUCGUGAAAGAAGAUUCUAUGCAAAAUCUAAGAUUAAAUUAUUACAUCGAAGCGGAGACAUACACUGGAACUAAGAAAUUUUCGAGAGUUUGGUUCGGUAACAAUAGCAAUGCACGUCCUCAUUAUAUUAAUCGAACAGUCAUUUUAGAUGGCACACAGUUAGUACACUGCCAAAAGGAAAUCGUUUACUUAAAGGAAAAUACACGCGACAUUCAAACUCCGAUAAAAUUCCGUCUGAAUUAUUCGCUGAUACAAGAAGAACCAGUGAUGCCUCGCGAGGGUGCUCCUUUACCCGAUAUGAAGAAUUAUCCAAUACUCAAUCAGCAAGAAGCCGCACGGGUAUUCGAGGCUGUCUUUCAGAAAGAUUGUGGAAAUAACGAUAUUUGCGAAAGCGAUUUACAAGUGACAGCUAAAUUAAAUUUAUCAGCUUCCUCUAUAAAGCCUGACUUCUACGAAUUGCUUUUGGCAGAAAGGGAAGAGAUAGUGGUAGAGGUAAAUGUGGCUAACGUCGGCGAAUCUGCAUACGAGGCUCAAUUGUUUCUCGUCCAUUCGCAAAGUUUGAACUACAUCGCCAGUAAAAGCAACGAUUCCAUUAUCUGCAAUCUGUACAACGCCACUAUGGUAUCGUGUUCUAUCGGCAAUCCGUUCAAGAAGGAUAAAACAGUGGACAUACAAGUAAGAUUUGACCCAAAGGGUCUCGAGGAUAAUGAAUCACAGUUGGGUUUUACAAUUUUCGCAAAUUCCACAUCAAAGGAAGUCAAAGAGAAACGACCCACAGUGCUGCAAGCUACAGUACUAAAACGUGCCGAACUUUCAAUUAAAGGAAGCGCAAAAACACAGUGGGCGUUUUACGGUGGUCCUGUAGUCGGAGAAUCCGCGAUAAAACAUCUGAAUGAGAUAGGACCGAAGGUGUCACACAUUUAUCAAAUAUUUAACGAAGGCCCUUGGAAAGUCAGCACUGUGGAAGUGCGUAUUUCAUGGCCUUACGAAGUCGCGAAUGACAAAGCGCAUGGCAAGUGGCUGCUUUAUAUGGAAGAGAUGCCAACUAUCCAAGCUUUAGGAGAUGGUGAAUGUACAUUGCCACCAGGACAUGUAGUCAAUCCGUUAAAAUUGCAAGAUAAUAUCAACAUGAAUGAUAUUGAUAGUGUUAUGCAAUCUUCAACCCCGUCAACAAUUUUGUACAAUCAUACUAAUCAUAUAAGAACAACGCGAGACACAGAAAAAGUUGUAAAUACGCGAACCAUUAUUGACAAAGAUGGACAUCGACAUCGUGUCGUUGCGAUGAAUUGUAAAGCUGGCACAGCAAAGUGUUUCGACAUUACGUGCUACAUAUACAAUCUACAGAGAAAGCAAGAAGCCAUUAUAACUGUCAAAGCAAGACUUUGGAAUUCUACUCUAGUCGAAGACUACCCGAAAGUGGACAUGGUUAAAAUAGGUUCCAAUGCUAGAAUAGUGAUACCUUCAAACAUUGUAAUACAGCAAGAGAACUUGAAAGACGAUUACGCAACCGCCGAGACAAUUGCUUAUCCAGAUCUAUUAGAUCAACAAGAAGCUGAGCCUGUACCAGUUUGGAUAUAUGUAGUAGCCGCAGUGGCUGGAAUGUUGUUAUUCAUUCUACUUACAUUAAUACUGAGAAAACUCGGCUUCUUUAAAAGGCGGCGGCCAGAUCCGACCCUAUCUGGAAAUCUUGAGAAGCACAGAGAUGAUAAUCCUGAAAACGAAGCAUUAUUCAAACAUUAAGCAUUAAAUAAUCGACAUAUAAAACAAAAAUGCAACAAAUUGUCAUGGUUACUUAAAAUUAAGUACUUAUAGGAAAGAAGAACAAGAAGAUGAAAACAAUUUAUUUCUUAUGCCUAGAUUCUAUACUGCCUGAAUUUGAAAUGCAUACGUUGUAUGUAUGAGCAGCUAAGUACGCUACAAUAAAAUAGUUUGUGAUAUCGUUAUACAUUUUACGCGCACGACACAUUUUUUCUCAAAGAAUGUACGAUGUAUGUAUUAUAUGUGUAUUACAUAGAGGUCAUAAAUGCCUUAACAUUUAUUAUCUUUUGUUAGUGGAAGAAACGUACAUUUUUUAAAUAGUUUUAUUCAACAGUUUACAACUGCCCGUAGCAAAGAAACUCUACGAGUUAAAACGAUAAAAUGAUUAAACAAUGGCUUUUGAUACGCACGUGUAUUGUAUUUGAAGGAUAAGAAUAAAUAAUGAAAUUUGUUCCAUA